AUGCGUGCAAAACUGCAAGGUUAUGGGCUGGACAGCAUUCAUGAAUCUUGUGAUCCAGUGGAAGCUGUAAGGAAAUCUGAAGCAAUAUUUAUCGGAGGUGGGAACACAUUCCGUCUCCUGAAAGCUCUCUACGACAACAGCCUGAUACAGGAGAUCAGGAAAAGAGUUCUCGAGGAUGGGAUUCCUUACAUGGGAUCCAGCGCAGGAACUAACGUUGCUACCAUCAGCAUCAAUACUACCAAUGACAUGCCAAUUGUUUAUCCACCUUCCCUGCAGGCCCUAGGUUUAGUUCCUUUUAAUAUUAACCCCCACUACCUGGACCCAGAUGUUAAAAGCACUCACAUGGGUGAGACAAGAGAGGAAAGAAUUCGUCAAUAUCAUGAAGAACCAAACACCCCUCCAGUUCUGGGCUUGCGGGAAGGUGCGAUGCUGCUAGUGGAAGGAGACAAAGCCACCUUGCAAGGAGUGACAGGAGCACGUCUGUUUUUGAGGGGUAAGAAACCAACUGAACAUGAGCCUGGAACAGACUUCAGUUUCCUCCUGAUUGACAGUAAUCUCCAGAAUCUGUAGCCUUGCAUAUUCUGCAGCAAGAGUCACUAUAUGGAAAGACAAUGAGGAGGAAGGAAAGAGAUGCUUCUAGUCCCAGGGUGGGUGGAGAACCUUAGCUUUAUAAAUAAAGAUAAAUAUGCAUUAGUGGGCUCUUUUUCCAACCCUAAUUCAUGUCUCAGACAUCUCUGCUUCCCAGCAAAAAGACAAUUUUUAUUGCAAUACUUGAGUAAUCAUAGCUAUACUUAGCCUGAAAGGGCCUUUGUAUCCACUUUGAUUCCUUAACCACCAAAAAAAGUUACUUUAACACAAUUAAGACAGGACACUGAAUCAGCUGUUCCUGCUGCUUAGGCUUUACCUGCUAAAUGAAAGAAUUGUUCAUUUAAUGUACUCCCACAUUAUCAGUUUUGUUUUUGCGCUAGUAAUAAAGGGAGAAGUUAUGCAU